GGUGCCCGCGGAGCCUGCAGUUGCCGCACAACCGGGCCCGCCUGCUGCGGCACUCCCUGCAGAAAAUGACCCAGAGGAUCCAGCGCAGCCAAAUCGGUUUAAUGCCGUUAUCGAGAAAAUCGAGCGCCUUUACAUGGGUAAACAUAGCAGCGAUGAAGAAGAUCUUGAUGAUGUACCGGACGACGAUCAAUAUGACACUGAUGAUUCUUUUAUUGAUGAUGCUGAAUUGGAUGAAUAUUUUGAAGUUGAUAAUUUGACGACUAAGCACACUGGUUUUUUUGUUAACAAAGGGACAUUGGAACAGAUUGAACCUGGUACAUCAGCAAAUGUCGCGCCAAAGAAAAGGAGAAGCAAAGACCAGUCAGUUGAUCGUAUUGAAAAUAGUCAGGGUGCUACAGGUGAUUAUUUGAAGUCUGGGAAAGCAAGCGGUCUGAAAAAAGUAGCUACUGGCAAUGGUGAAUAUUACCAUGAAGGCAGCAGAGUGGUGAAGACUAAACCCAGCACAACCGGAGUCCUAAAAAGGAGAUCGACUGAUUUUGCCACAGGUGUUGAUUCUACAAAACGUACAAAGAUAUCUAGUAAGGAUGUGUCAUAUUCCUCUUCAAAAGAGCUAAAAGACCUAGAAAAGUAUAAAGCUCCGGCAUUCCAGCCUACUGAUUUUGGUAAUAAGUCAACAACCAGUGAGACAUAUGACUACGCUUCAGUGUACAGGGAUAAAGAUCCUUCAACACAACUUGAUUUUCAACAAAAACAGACUUACAAUGGGGAAAAUGAAGAUCCGACCAACAAAAUAUAUCGCAAAGAUAUAGCUGGAACGAACGACUUCUCUAGCAUGGAUGUGUCUGGUGCUGCCUAUCCUACACAAGCAAUGCACCUGACCACUGGCAGGGAGAGUGCAGGUACCAAACCUAAAGGCACUAGGCUUGAGCGAGCCAUUCGGGAUCUCCAAAAGAUUGCUGCUAAUUACAAAUCGCCAGCUAUUGAUAUUAGUGAGGCUGACCCAAAUGUUCAGGCAUCAGCUCAAAGACGCUUGCCUCCAGAAGUAAAGCAAAAGCUUGCCAAGGUUGCAAGGCUAUCGACAAAUCAUGGAAAGGUACAAGAAAAUGAGUUGAUGGAUCGGCUCAUGGGCAUAGUUGGACACCUUGUUGUGCGUAGGACACUGAAGAGAAACAUGAAGGAAUUGGUAAAAUCAGGACUCUCUGCUAAACAAGAGAAGGCUGGUAGGCUGCAGCAAGUAAAAAUGGAGAUCAAUGAAAUGGUCAAAGCAAGUAUGGCUGCCAAGGCCAAGGUCAAUGAACAACAAGAUGGCUCAGCUGAUGAUUUUCAGACUGUCACUGAUGAAAGAAGAGAUUUGAAAGGAAAGUCUGCAAUGGAUAGUGCACUGGAGGACAGAAUAUGUGAUCUGUAUGAUCUGUAUGUUGAGGGUAUGGAUGAAGACAAGGGUCCUCAAAGCAGGAAACUAUAUGUUGAGCUUGCAGAAUUAUGGCCACAAGGUUACAUGGAUAAAUUUGGAAUCAAAGAUGCCAUAUCUAGAUCAAAGGAGCGAAAGGGAACAUUACACAACCAACAGAAGGUUCAGAAUGAGGAGAAACUGAAGCGGAAAAGGCUGGCUGCGGCAGCGAAACUGCCAGAUAGCUACCCUGUUGUAACACAAAGCACAGCGGCCGUGCAAGUCGCACAUCCAUCCAUGUCCAACCCCGUUACAACAUACCCUGUGACCGACUAUGGACAGAACCAGGUCCCGAAAAGUCUUGAAAGGGUUCGCGAAACUAGCUCAAGUGCAAUAGCUGACGAGAGCAGCAAAAAUGCUGGUGACAUGAAGAAGAAGAAAAGGAAGUCGGAUCCUGAUGUUGUCGAUACACAAGCCAACAUUGUUACCAUGCCCACCGUGCUUGGUCUCCCUUUCUAUGACCAACAACCAAGCUGAUUAUUUCGCUGUGACAUCAGAUUACUUUAUUUCUGCUCGUAAACUUUUGGGGGGUGGUGUGAGAAAAUACCCCUGUAGAGAGAGCAUGCCAUUUUGUAAUCUCUCCCGGUUAACAGAGUUCGGUUCGACCCCUUUGUAUCGGUCGUAACUUGUAAAGCAUGAGUUUAUCUGUUACCGUUAAGAUGUAAAUUCAGAUCGGGAAUGUGGUAGAAUUGCCCUUGUGUA